AUGGACACUCCAACCAUACUGAAUGAGGACAAUGCAGCUUAUAUCGUUCAAAUCACAGGAGAAUACAUCAAGGGUGACAAUAAGCACAUAUCACCAAAGUUUUUCUACACACAUGAGCUUCAGAAGAGUCAAGAAAUUAAAGUCAGACAAAUUCAUUCAAGCGAUAACCUAGCAUAUCUCUUCACCAAAUCUUUGCCAAAUUUACAUUCUAAAAGCUAG